UCGUUGCUUUUUUUUUCCCCUUUUUUUAAUUUUCAUUUUGCUUUUGCUUUUGCAAACGGUGCUUUGGGGCGGGAGGGGUCACACCCCCGGAUGGAAAAGGUCACGUUUGGAGAGGCCUAAGCCUUUCCAAUCCCACUGCUGUCUGGUCCUGGACUCUAGUGUGCUUGGCCUUUACUUGGAAGACUCAUCUGAUGCUCCAGGUUUUGAGAGGAAGGAUGAUUAAGGCUAAGAGGAGACUGGAGCUGGAAGAAAGUGACCAUCAGUACCUUGCUGCUGGUGUAUGUACUCCAAAAGGAAGAGGAAGGGGUGCAAUGAGAAGCUCAACUAGUCCAAAAACUCCCAAGUCUCCAUCAGAGAAGGCUCGCUACAACACAUCCCUGGUCCCUCUCACAAAGAAUGUUCUGCAGCUGCUGCGACAGUCUCCAGACGGGGUCUUAGAUUUGAACCGAGCUGCGGAGGUCUUAAAGGUUCCGAAACGCAGGAUUUACGACAUCACUAACGUUUUGGAGGGAAUUCACCUCAUCGAGAAGAAAUCCAAAAAUAAUGUUCAGUGGAUGGGCUGCAGCCUGAUCGAUGAUGAAGGAAUGCUGAAACGCUGCCAGGGUCUCAAUCGGGAUGUGACUGAGCUCAGUCUGAGAGAGAAGAAGCUGGAUGACUUGAUCCAGAGCUGCACUUUGGACCUAAAACGGCUAACUGAGGAAUCUGAAAACCAAAGAUUAAACUAUGUGACUUAUCAGGAUGUCCGAAAGAUUCAGAGCUUCAAAAGCCAGGUUGUAAUAGCUGUGAAAGCUCCUCCUGAAACCAGGCUGGAAGUGCCUGAACCAUAUGAUAAUUUCCAGAUACAUCUGUCAAGUUCCAGAGGACCCAUUGAAGUUUAUCUGUGUCCAGAUGACAAUGGAGCACCCAACAGCCCACUGAAAGCUGCCAGUCAGGACCUUUCUCGAACUACCUCCCAGUCUUUAACAAAUACAAGAGCAGAUGCUGAAGCUUCUAACGGGGUUCAACACAGCGAGUGUUCAGGUACACACUUUGCACGCCUUUCACCUUUGGCACCUCUGAACAAUCUUUUGCAACAAACUGAAGAUCAGAUUUCAUCUCCCAUGGAGGAGGAAGGACUAUUUGUAAAUCUGUCUCCGUCAGUGUCUCAGGAAGAAUAUCUGCUUACUAUCGGUGAUAAAGCAGGCAUCAGUGAUCUAUUUGACUGUGAUGUUGAUGGGCUAUUCCCCUUGGAAGAUUUUAUGUAACCAUUCAAUUUUUUAAAAUAAAAAAUGUCUUAAUAGUGCUGUCAGUGAUG